AUGUGUCAUAUGUUGAAGGUAGUUAGAAACACUCUGGCAGAUGGUGGUAUUCUUGUUGAUCUCAAUGGCGAACAUAUACGAUGGCAAUAUAUUGUGGAAUUACAUAAAUUACAAGCAUGUGAAGAUCUGAGGCUUGGGAAUAAAUUAAAACUGACUCACAUUGAAUGGAGACAGCAAAAGAUGAAAGUGAACCUGGCUGCACAAGUCUUCAGUUCCAGUGUCACUGAUGCAUUACAAUAUUGCUCACAUGUUCUUAAACUGCCACAGGUCUCUGGUUGUAAUGCCACAUUAAAGGAAAGGGACAAUUACACGUCCUUUAUCUGCAAUACCAGUAUACGCUGGGUGAGGAACAGCAUCGCUACAUUUAACGGGUCAUGUGAUACUACAUCCAAAAUUUUAGGAUACAAAAUUGUUUACUUCUAA